AAAAAGUUUUGAGUUUUUUUUUUUAUUAUUCUCUCCAAAGCUAAAUGAGUGACUCAAAAUGUUCUUCUUGAUUCCGAUUUGCUCAGUGAACUCUGGACCUUCUUUCACUUUCUGAUUCUAUAUCCUUGAAAUGACAAAAUAUUUUUUCUCUCCAACAAACACAACAGUUAGUGUCUUGAAUCAUUCACUGCAGGAAAAACUCAUAAAAAACAACUGGGAUCCACUUGACACUCUUAAAAAGAUGGCAUUUAUUAAAGAUGAGAUUCAAGACAUGAAGAUUGAAGAAACAUUCAGAGUCAAAAAAGAAGAUCCUGAGGAACAAACAGUACAGAGGGGUUUUCGAAUGAAUCGUAGAAUUAAAAUGGAGAGUGAAGACAUGAAGACUGAAGAAGUGUUGAGAGUGAAACAAGAAGAUGAUGAGGAACAAACAGAUGAUAAAAGCUCAAUAAAAACUACAAUCAGCAAAAGAACAUUCAUUGUACCAAAAGAUAUGGCUGUCUGGAACGAGGCAAGUGAAGACGCAUUGAUCAGCAUGAUCCGGGAAAGGCCGGCUUUAUAUGACAUUACAGAAAAAUCAUAUUCCAGCCGUGUGGAGAAAGCUGAAAUGUGGCGUGAGAUCGAAAAUAAACUUGUCAUAUCAGAGAAAGAGCUCAAGAAGCGAUGGGAUUCAUUGCGAACCCAGUACUUGCGUUAUAAGAAACAAGGACCCUCAGGAAGUUCUGGAUCUCAGAAGACUGGCAGGCAGCAAUGGAUCUUGAACCGCCUGCAGUUUCUACAGCCUCACAUGAAAAGGAAUGAGAGAACUUCAAAUUUAACUAUCAGGGAAUCUUUGGCUGAUAGUGAUUCCUGUUCACCCUCAGAUGGUACCAACAGUGACACAUGGACUGGCACCCAUGAAGAGCCCAGCUCCAUUGAGGUGGAGGUACGGCCCAGUACAUCCUUGCCUGAAUCCACACUCUGUGAAAAUGAGUCCACAGCUGAAUCCACAGCCAUUAGAAAGAAACCAAAUACUCCAAAGCCUCCGGGGAAGCGCAGGAAGAUGCAGGAUGAAUCCUCCAGUAAGGAGUCCACAUACUUGAUGCGCACCAUUGGCAAAACUCUGGAAAAGUUGGCAUCACAGGAAAACACCAAUGAUGCCAUCUCAGCUUUCUGCAAAAAUCUAGAACACAGAAUGCGGAGUUUGCCAGCACAUGUACUGCCACAUUUCCAGCAUGAGGUUGAUGAUUGCAUUUUCAAAUAUUCGGUGGGCCACAACCAUUCACUGGAGGCAUCUGUCAAUCAGUAUACACACCUCUAAUGUGUUACGCUGCAAAAGUGCAAGCAUGUUUGCAGUAUAUUUGCAGUAAGUUGUACAUGUACAUGCACAUUUGUAAUUUAAAUUAAUUAUAUUAUAGUGCUUGCACAAUUCUAUUUAGAAUUUAGUCUCUUCUGUUUUUGGUUAUUUUAUAUAAUUUACCUUCUAGCUCAUUUUUUGGCCCUU